AUGAGAGGCAAUUUGAAUAUAGAUAUUUCAAGAUCAAGCAGUUCUCAUUUUCUUAAUGACAUCGAACUUAAAAAACUGUUUCCAUUUACACAGUAAUUACACAAUCGAUACUUAUAAUAAAAUAGGCUUUAAAACAUUAAGGAUGAUCUAACAAACCUUUAGCAACAAACAAUAACCUUUUAAAUAAAGGAUUUAUUAUUUAAGUAGAAUUUGAACAAUAUUUUAGAGAUAAAACCAGAAGUAGAAAUAAUAUAGACGAUAUUAUUAAUUAGCAGACUACUCCAAGAAGAUUAAGAUCGAAAGAAAGAACCAUCAGUGUAAAUAAGAAAAGUACUUAAACUAUUAAUUAUCAUGAUGCUUAAAAUGUUAAUUUGCAUAACAAAAGUAUCAGAAGAGAUAUUGUAUAAUUGGCAUAAUGGUUAGAAUUGAUGAUAUAGUAAGUAUAAUAAACAUAGGGUAAUUUAUCAUUUUAAGAUUAUUACAAUAAAAUUGAAGUAAUAUUUAGUGGAUCAAUGUUAGAGUUAUAGAGACAAUUAUAAUAGAAGGGAUUUGAAUUUGGAUAAUGUCUUAAGAAAAUUUGGGAUUCUUUUUUGAUAAAUGUUUAAUAUGUGGUUGAAGGAUUGAAUGUUAAAGCUAAUUAGAUUGAAUAACAAAGUUUAGAUAAAAUUAAUAAAUUACAUGAAUGGUAUUAAGAAGCUAUGUAAAAAUAACUUCAUCAAAUAUAAUAACAAAAAGAAGAAUUGAUUUAAAUGUAAUCAAUAAACUUGUAAAUGAAUAAAGAGAAUUAAUAUCUUAGAAAGAAGGAUGUUAGGAGAGAAAAAUAAUUAAGAGAAUUAAUUUAUGAUAAAGAUCAUUAUUUAUUAGAAAUUAUUGAAUUGAAAUCAACUUAAUUUGCAAAUUCUAUGGAUAUAGAAUAAUGUUAAUAAAAAAUAUAUGAUUAUUUCAAAAAGCAAUGUGAAAAUCAUAUGAAAACAAUGGAAAUUUAAUAUAAGAAUUUGUAAGUGUAAGAUUUUUAUUUUGAACAUACUUUAGACUUAGUAAUUAAAGAAAAAGGAUGUUAAGUUAUUGAUUUGAUAAAAGUAUAAGAUUAAUAUACAUCUACAUGUGAAAAUUAAUUAGUUAAUGUUUCUACUUAAACUCAUAAGUAGAAAAGAUAAAUAGAUUAAGAAGUUUAAGUUAAAGUUUAUACAAGUGAUUAAGAAACAUAAGUCAAUAUUUAUUAAAUAAAAAGAGAUAAAUUAAUAAGGAAUCCUUAUGAAUAGAUAAUUUUAAGAAAUGCUAAUCUUGAUUUAGAUGACAUUAUAGAUUAAUUUUAAUAAUUCUAUUUUCCAUAUUAAGAACUAUUAUCAAAUGAUCCACAUUAUUUGACAUUGAUUAUUAAUGAGACGAAUCGUUAAGAAAAAUAAAUUAAUUAAAUUCUAGAUACAAUUAAUGUAAGAAAUGAAAUUGCUCCUAAUGAUUUCUUAAAAUUUAAAGAAUACCUAAAAAAUAUUAAUAAAUUAGCAUAGUAAAAUUAUAUAUAAAUUUGGAAGAUAGUUUUAAAUUAAUAAUCAUCUGUAAUAGAUUCAACAAUAGAAAAAUAAGAACUCUAAGUAGAAUUAGAUGAAAUUAAAUCUAUUUUUAAUAAAAAUAUGUAAAUUAUAAAAUAAUUUUAAAAUAAAUAUGAAGAGGAUAAAAAGAUUUCAUAGUUUUAUUAAUAAUCUUUAAUAAGAAUAAUUAGAUAUGCUCCAUAAUUUAUAAUUAAUUAAAUUUAAUAAUAAGCAAAUUUAUUAAAAGUAUUGGAUGGAGUAGAAUUCAAAGAAUUGAGAAAGAAAACAACAAUAGUUGAUUCUAGAAUAUCAGUAAGUCCAUAGAGAGAUGAUAGUUAAUAAUUAUAUUCAAAGCAAUCUCCUAUUAGAGCAAGUUAAAUUUCUUUUUAAUCUUAAUUGUAAAUAAAUUCAAUGAAAUAAAUAUCUACAAAUAGCAAAUAAUUAAAAUCAUAAAAGUCUUUUGAAAUUGAAGUUGAUAUGCCUAAAGGAUUAAGAGAUAUUGAUGAAGAAUCUUAUAAGAGUGAAUCAGAAGAUGAAAAUUAAUAAGAAAUGGAAGAAAAUACAUUUUCCUUAUUAAGAUUUGAUUUUUCAACUUAAAAGCCUCAAUUGACCUUGGAAAAGAAGUUAAGAAUAAAUACUUGUCCAUUGAAAUCUGCAUAAUAUUCAACAUCAAUUCUUAAGCAAAGUAUUUAUUUAUUUACUAAAUUAUUAGUACUGAAGAAAUUUAAAAAAAGCAAUAUGAAUGGUUUAUAUACUAUUGGUACUUUACUAUAACAUUAUACAGAAUUAAUCUAAAGGUAAUUACCAAAUAAUACAAAUACUCCUUUACAUGUUCAUCUAUAUGAACAUAUUACUUUUAGAUUUGGAUAAUCAUAAAUUAGCGAUUGUAAUCGAUACAAGAGAAUCAUUAAAAGUUUUUUAUAUUAUGAACAUAGACAUUCUACUUGUAAAAUAGUUGUAAGAUUUUUAAAAGCUGAAUUGGAUGUUUAAGACUUAAAUACAUAUUUAUAAAUACUCGAAAUAUGUAAAGAAUAUCCUAGUUUAACAUUUUUUAAUUUUAUGCAAUCAUUAUAAGAAUGGCUUAAUCAAAAUCAUUAUACAGAAAAUGAAAUAGAUAUGAUUAAAGAUUAGUUAUAUUUAUCUGAUUUAGCUUAUUUAUAAAAUAAUCCAUCACCUACUGAAUUUGAUUUAAUUAUGGAUCAUUUUCUAACAAUUUUUGCUAAAUUUAAAAAUAGAACUUCAUAUAAAUAUAAAUAUUUAUUUGAAUCUAUUGAUACUUAGAAUAAAGGUAUCAUUAAUUUUUAAUAAUGGAACUUUAUUUAUGAAACCAUAAUACAAGUAAAUUAUUCAUUUAGUGUAAAAUUAUUCUAUUCUGAAGCUGAUUAUUAAGACAAUCAAAAAUUAAUGUCAAAGUAGAGAUUUACUGUAGUAAGUGAUGAAUUACAAAUCUUUUAGCCAGAUCAAUAAGAGAAACUAUUGGAUCAUCAAAACUUUGAAGAUAUUCUAUUAGAAUUAAAAGAAAAAUGGAUUCAAAACAAAAUUUAAAUGAAGAUAUGCUUCAUCAAAUCCAAUAGAGUAUCUCGUUUAAAUUUAAUUUUUAGUAUGACAAAUUUAUUAAAAGCUUAUUUCAAUAUGUAGAUAGGUGUUUACUAAACAAAUUAAAUGUGGAAUCAUGUUGUUUUACUUAUAAAUUACUUUAGAAAACAUACAAAGUUUAUUAUCUAGAUCAACAAGUCUAAGGUUUUAUUAUUACUCCAUUCCAAAUUAUCACGUAAAAGUUUAGAUAAUUAGAAGAAUAGAUGUUUUGAAGUAAAUUUUUUAUAUAUUUUAUUUUUUUUAAUAUAAAUUAAUAAUCUUUAUUGCAGAAUGAAAGUCAAAUAAAUAAAAGAGAUUUUAGAUAAAUUUAAACAGAAAUAUUCAAUGGACAUGGAUUAUAAAAAAGAUGAGAAUAAUUUUACCUGUUAUUUUAAGAUAAAUUCUUUAAAAAUAGCAAAGGGAUAGGGAUCUUGUAAGAAAUAUGCUAAAAACGACGCAGCAGCUAAAGCUUAUGAUAUCUUACUUAAUUCAGAUUAUAGUUUUGCUAAAAAAACAGGUAUUAAAAAACUUUCUAGUGAUGAAGAUUAUAAAGCAAAAUUAGAGUAACAUGCUAAAGAGAAAAACAUUUAAUUGAAAUUUUCUAGUAAAGUAGAAAAAUAAAAUGAAUUGUGUUACUCUAAAUUUAAAAUAGAAUAUGGAUACAAAAAAUUUAAAGGAUUUGGUUAAAAAAGUAAAGAAAACUAAUGCUUUUAAUAUAUGUGUUAUAAUAUUCUUAAAUAACUUGAAUAUAUAGAAAAAUAAGAUUAAUAAAAAAAAAAAGAAAUUAAUAGUGAAUAAGAAGUUAUACCAAAUAAAAUUAAAAUUGUUGUAAAAACAAAAUAAGAAGAGCCAAAAUAAAUUAAAAGUAACCUCUAAUUUUUAUAACCUAAUAUUAAUUAAUUUAUAGAACAGCUUAAAAUUUAAUAGUUUUUAAAUAGCUUAAUGGUCGAGGAUGAUGUUUACAAUCAUUUUGAUAAAUUUAUAUCUUUGAUGUCUUCUCAAAAUGAUUUUUAUUUUCGUCCUGUAGGAUCAUUUACUACUAAAUCUAUUAGAACUUUAAAGCCAGAACUUGAUAUAUUGGUUCAUAUACCUAAAGGGAAAUUUCCAAUGUUCGAAUAAUUUUUAGAAAAGACAUCAAAAGAAUUUUAAAGCAAAUUCUGUAGGAAUAGAAAGCAAUUCAGAUUUGAAUUACCGUUUUAAUCCAGGAAUAAAUUCUUGAGAUGGACUUUUACAUCUAUUAAAGCCAAUUUAUAUAUAAAAAAAAAAUUGACACCUGAUGCUUUUAUCCAUGAUGAAUAUAUGAAAUAAUACUAAGUAGAAUAUUAGUAAAAUAGAUAUUCAACUCAGUAUCUCUCAUUAAUUCAUCAAUGGAGAGAAGAUUCCAAACUUCCUUUACAAUCAAAAAUAUUGGAUUAUUUAAUUGUCUAAGUAUCAAAUUUAUUUUAAUCAUUAAAUCCCCCAAUUUAAGUAUUAAAAUAAAUCAUCUAUUUAUUAAAAGUUGGUGUUUUGGAUGAAAUUGUAGAAAUGGAUAAAGAAGAAAAUGAAUUGAACCCAUUUCUUCAAUUAAUUCCUUAAAACUAAAUUUAAUAUAUUAAAAAACUUUCUGACAAAACCCGUUCAUCAAUAAAGGAGAUAGCACAAUCUUAUGAUGAGAAAACAAUUUAAAAAUGGAUUUUUAAUUAUAUUAAUUGA